AUGGAAUUCCUCGAUCUUCCCGUCGAAAUACAACAUAAGGUGAUGAGGAUGCUGGCUCCGCAAGGAUUUCUAAACUUAUCCUCGAGCAGCCGCGCUCUAAUGGCCACAGGGACAGAAUGCCGAAGCAAACAAUGGUCAGACGUGACACGCCGCUGCGAUGGACUCUGGAUUUUCACGGAUGGACCGCGCUGCACGCACGUGAAGAACAAAAAGCUGCUCAACCUGAUGCUGGCCCAUAGCGUCAUCGAUAAGCUCGAAUAUUGCGAAUUUCGGGGUCGCCCCGUGCCCUCAAACUUCCGGAGAGAUCGUUUUGAAGUCCGAAACUUGAAGGUCAACACUGGUCCCAUCGGCUGCAUCGACGUUGUGGCCUCGGCAGCAAAAUGCUUUAUGCCUCAGUCGCUGGAUGUCAAGCACGCCGAAUACGAGAGCUUCUGGCCAGAGGCCCUAGCCACGUGCAACGAAAACCUGCGAAAGUUUCAUGCGACUUACGUUGGGGAUGAAGUUGCUACGUUGCGCCAUCUCAAGGUGCCCUCGAUGCAGAUACGCCUACCCCUGAUUGAAUUACCUGAAUUGUUGAAGCUGAUUGACGAUAUUGUGACGGAAUGGGUUAACGGCAAGCGGGAAAUCGUGCACAUCCAAUUCUCCUUCAUGUGCCUCGGUUCUUACCUAGUCGCCCAAGCUGCCUUCGCUCGUAUGAAGCUGGAUUACGCAAGGGGCCCGGAGCAACUGCAUAUCGAGACCGAUGACGACACUGUUACGCUUUUCACGUCUCUAUGUGUCCUC